GCUCGUUGGAAGGCGAGUUUGUUUCCAUAAAAUUUCAGAUAUAGAGAGAGAAAGUUGGCAAAACUGUAAGCGCUGGUAGAGAGAGAGAGUCAUGCAGAGAAGUGUGACACGGGGCUGUCAGGGUGAGGGGCUCAUGCGGAGUGGAAAUCCAAUUGGUCAGCAGCCAACCAUGACACCUUACUACCAUACUUGUCUCUUCUUCUCUUAUUAUGAUUCAUAUCUAUCAUUGGAAAUUUCGCUCUUCCCGGAUUCCUAUUCCUUUAAAUCUAAAUUUUUCUCGUACAUGCAUCAUUCUCUUUAUACCCAUUAUAAUCCCAUCACACACACUCAGAUACUCGGCAUACACACAAUUAGAGUGAGAAAAGAGGAGGGCUUGUGUUCUUUGUAGCAUCACACCUCUUUCAUUUUCAUCCAUUUUCAAAUUCUAUAUCCGUGUUUGGGUAUUGGGUCUGGAGGGACAUCCUACUUCAAGCAAGGCAGCCUUGGGUAAUUGGCCUCCAAAUAGAAAAUCAAUUGGCCAUGAUGCAAGGCCAAGAUAGCACCUCCUCCAAUGCACAUCGUGAAACCUUUUAUUUGGACUGCGGGUCCAAUGGCAUCAAUCUCGGAUGGGAUCAGAAUAAUGUAGUUCCAGUUGAUGAUUCCAUUCAUGAUAGCCAUCCUGUUAUAGGCUGGGUGGGUCAAUCUAGCUAUAGCAUAAACAACCAAACCCCUAUUCAGUUUCAAGAUGUAUUAGCUGAAGAUGCAUUGCUAUCUAACACUAACAGGAUGGAUCAAUCUACUUCCAGUUUGAUCACUCAAACUCCAGUUCGAUUUCAGGAUUUAUUAGCUGAAGAUGGUUUACUUUGUUCCCCUAUUGCUGGUGCUGCAACUGAUCAAAGCUUGGGAAUGUAUUUUGGGCCCAUGAUUGAUCCUUUUCCUCGUAGAAUUAAUGCAAGCCUGGAAAAUAGUCUGCAAGCAGGUAGGCAAUCGUCUUUGCAACAGGCUAGUUUUAGUGCGGUCCCUGAAAACACAGAUUUAAAUGAACCAUGUGAUGGCCAUGACAUCAAUGCAAAUCUGAAUAUUGCGACAGGUUUGUGUCUAAGUCCAUUCAAAAGAGGUGAAUUAGACGCUGAUCAGAAUCCAUUUGCCAGUGAUCCUUCUAAUUCCAGUCCACUCAUGAUCUCCUCCGGAAUUUCUGGGUAUGUGCUGGAAGAAAAUGAGUGUGGAGAAGGUCAAUCAUCAAUUGGUAGGCGUCUAUCCUGCAAAAGAAGAGCACCUGAAGAUGCUUCUGCACAACUUUCUUUCGGUGAAAGCUCAAGGCUAGCUCAACAACUUGUUACUACUCAAGAAAGCGUUAGUAGAAGAUUGAAUUUACCAACUCCAAUGGAUAAUCAUCCAAAUGUCAGGGCUUCAGAGCAAACAGUUGGUUUAGGUUCAGCUUUUGUCACACAUCAACCUUCUAGUACAGCAGGAAGUGGAUUUAGAGCUGGUGGUGGAGCCAGCUCUGGCAUCCAUCAAACCGUAGGGCUAGUAGGAGAAGCUGCACCCCACCAAAGAAAUACUCGUCCGAGAAGAACUGCAAAUCAACAAGAUUUUUUGCCAGCUAACUUGAUGGGAUGGACCAUGAGGAAUUCUUAUGCACAAUUACCUGAUCAAUCAGGUGUUCUUGUCCCAUUUGAUUGUGCUCUAAAUACUAGCUCGAUGACAGGAAUAGUUCAGCCAAUUCCUCCAAUGCAGCAACCUGUACAAUUUCCUUAUUCUUCAGAAACUUUACAGCCUUUGCAGUGGAAUGCAGUCACCAGGUCAAGAACCAGUCUGCCAUCUAUUUCGGCUUACGCUGUAAAUGGAGGUGAUGAUUUUCUUCUAGAAAACAACUCAAGGAACAAUCUGAGACAUGACAUGCUUCCUCCUUUAUCUCAAAGGAGAAAUUCGGAACACUUGUUAACAAGCCAGAACUUUGUCCCUGGGAUAAAUUCUCCUAGAAACACUGGUUCUGGUUCCAGAAAUGGCUCUAAUUCACAUGUUAAUCAUUUACCUGCUUCAUUUUGGUUUCUGCGAGGCAACAUGGCUCAGCAAUAUGCACAGAGAACAUCAGACAUUGUCAAUCAUGCCGAAUCUCAAAGGCAGAGUAGCUACUGCCCAUGGCAUUUGGGUUUUUCUACUGCUGGAAGAGAAAGGGAAUUAUCUGCUAGUGUUGGUAAUGCUAGGUCUCCUCAGAUGCGUCUUAGGUCAGGAUUGAGAACAUGGUUGGAGAGACAAACUGGUCCUCAUACUGAAGUGGCACUGAGCUCUUUGACUGCUGCUCAGAGGAGAAGAAGACUGGUUUCUGAGGUUCGCAAUGCUUUGGCACUCGUGCGCUGGGGGGGCUCCUUACAUUUUGAAGAUGUGAUGGUCAUCGACCGUUCAGUGUUGUAUGGUGUCCCUGAAGAGCCUGACCUGCAUGAAGAUAUGCGUCUUGAUGUGGAUAACAUGUCCUAUGAGGAGCUACUGGCCCUAGAGGAGCAAAUUGGAGAUGUUUCCACUGGACUAAGUGAAGAUGCUAUUCAGGCACAUAUGAAGCGGCAGAAGUAUGAAGGAAUUGCAACAGGAUCUUCCCUGGAAAAUGAACCUUGCUGUAUUUGUCAGGAGGAUUAUGUUGAUGGUGAAGAGCUUGGGAAGUUGGAUUGUGGGCAUGACUUUCACUUUUACUGCAUUAGGCAGUGGCUUGUCCGGAAGAAUAUCUGCCCCAUAUGCAAAAUGACAGGCUUGGAAGUUUAAGAUUGCUAAUGUGAGGGCUUCUUCCCAAACUAGAGAUCACAUGACCAGCUAUGGAGUUUCUCUCCUGUGCAUGGAUCAUUUUCCUUGGCAUCUUUGGCCUUAAAAGUUUGAAGGAAUUAUGAUCAAUAACUAUGUUCUUUAAAAAAUCCAUGUGCACUUUCUGCUUCUAUUUUUACUUUCUUCUACAUGGUGGGGCUGGCUCAUGCCAAUUCCAUGCAGUCUCAAGGUAUUGAGACCUAAAUUUUGGGGAUGGUAGAGUGCAUUGGCAUAUAAAUUUGUCUUUGUUGGAGUAAAAACCUUUAUUUGGACAUUUUUUCUUGGUUGUUGAUUCUUUUGCUAAAUUUAUUUUAUGCUGUUGAUAUAUCA